AAGCAUUUGAUAUGUUUUAAAAACUGGACAUCGAAUAUGAUAAUGGACAUUCUUGAAAGCGCUUUGCAACUAAAAUGUUGUUUGAGAGAUACGCAUAGAAAGAGAUUGGAAAUUUUGGCAGAUUCCAAGGUAAUGAUUUUGCAAGAAGUAAAUGAGCCGUUUUUAAACAUGGCGGUCUCAAAGGCGGCGACAUUGCUCGGCGCCUACGACGUUAAUAUAACCGACAACCUGGUUUGGGAGCAAGAUUAUAUGGGCAGGAUAUUCUCGUAUAUGGCGGAAGCUAUAUUCGUUGCUACUAGGACACAUAUGUGCGUGCAAAGGUUCGCAGAACAAUCCAGCGUUCCGGUUCUAUGCAUGCGUUCUAGAACUCAUGCUAGUAUACAAGCUUUGGGCACAAUUAUGUCCAUCAUAGAGGAAUUUGGUUCCUUAAGGAAUUUAAAUUUCGCAUACUGCGGAUCUCCUCAUCCAGUUUUGAAUUCUUAUCUUCUGCUGUGUCCAAUGCUUGGAGCCAAUAUUCGAUUUAAAUGCUGCUGCCAGAAAUGUCCCGUCAGUCCGUUACUGUUCAAAGCGAGUGAAGAUAUAACCUCACAAACUCAUACCGGACUCAAGGAGUGCUUAUCAAAAGAACAAGUUUUGAAAGACGCGGGUGUAAUUAUAGCUGGUCCAUCCAAUGUGAAGAAAGUUGACGAAUUUAAACUUCGUGUUACGGAUAUCGAGUCUCACACAAAAUGCAAGUGGUUAUUUUUUCACACCAUUCCCCGAGGAAGUGAAGUUGAUGAUAAUCUGUUUCAUCAUGAAAAUUCAAGAACGUUUGAUGCUUUUGAAAAUUUUCAAUAUAUAGCCGCAGCUCUAAUGUGUUAUGUAAUAAAAGAUCACAAGUUUUGAUCGAAUUAAAUUUUUUUUUAUUGAAU